UCCAGGAGAAGAUCCAGAGGCCCCUGAGAGAGGUAAUGAAGUCUCCGCCUGCAGCUUCCAGCCGGCCCAGCGCCAAGGUCAGGCACCCAGCCAGGGCAGCCCCGCCCCAGGGGCCCGCCCAGUCUCGGACGUUUCAUAACGACUCCUACCCCGACAGGGCAGCGGGGCAGAGCAGGGACGGCCAGCAGGAAGGGCAGCUUGGCGGGGCCUCAGGAGCGUCGGGGAGCCCAUGGAGGUACAGCCAGGGACGCGGGGAGAGUGCCCGUGAAGGUGGGGAGCCCCGGCCCACGCCGCCCCCUCCCUGCAGGAUGGACCCCUUCGCGGACACCCUGCGGCGGCUGCGGGAGGCCUUCAGCUCAGGGCGGACCAGGCCUGCCGAGUUCCGGGCAGCUCAGCUCAAGGGCCUGAGAUGCUUCCUGCGGGAGAACAAGCAGCUUCUGCAGGAAGCACUGGCGCAGGACCUGCACAAGUCGGCCUUCGAGGCGGAGGUGUCUGAGAUCAGAAUCAGCCAGAACGAGAUUGACUUGGCCCUCAGGAACCUGAGGUCCUGGAUGAAGGAUGAGAAAGUGCCCAAGAACCUGGCCACACAGCUGGACUCCGCCUUCAUCCGGAAGGAGCCCUUCGGCCUGGUGCUCAUCAUCGCCCCCUGGAACUACCCCGUGAACCUGACCCUGGUGCCGCUAGUGGGCGCCCUCGCUGCAGGGAACUGCGUGGUGCUGAAGCCCUCGGAGUUCAGCAGGAGCACGGAGAAGAUCCUGGCCGAGGUGUUGCCCCGAUACCUGGACCAGAGCUGCUUUGCCGUGGUGCUGGGAGGGCCCCAGGAGACCGGGCAGCUGCUGGAGCACAAGUUCGACUACAUCUUCUUCACGGGUGAGGCUGGGGGAACCCCCCGUGUGGGCAGGAUCGUCAUGGCUGCCGCCGCCAAGCACCUGACACCCGUCACACUGGAGCUGGGGGGCAAGAACCCCUGCUACGUGGAUGACGACUGCGACCCCCAGACCGUGGCCAACCGCGUGGCCUUGUUCCGCUACUUCAACGGCGGCCAGACCUGCGUGGCCCCCGACUACGUGCUGUGCAGCCCGGACACGCAGGAGCGGCUGCUGCCCGCCCUGCAGACCGCCAUCACCCGCUUCUACGGCGAAGACCCCCAGAGCUCCCCGAGCCUGGGCCGCAUCAUCAGCGAGAAGCACUUCCAGCGGCUGCGGGGUCUGCUGGGCUGUGGCCGCGUGGCCAUCGGCGGCCAGAGCGACGAGAGCGAGCGCUACAUUGCCCCCACGGUGCUGGUGGACGUGCGGGAGACAGAGCCGGUGAUGCAGGAGGAGAUCUUCGGCCCCAUCCUGCCCAUCGUGAACGUGAGGAGCCUGGACGAGGCCAUCGACUUCAUCAACCGUCGGGAGAAGCCACUGGCCCUGUAUGCCUUCUCCAACAGCAACCGGGUGGUCAAGCAAGUGCUGGCCCAGACCAGCAGCGGGGGCUUCUGCGGGAACGACGGUUUCAUGCACAUGACCCUCGCCAGCCUGCCUUUCGGAGGAGUGGGUGCCAGCGGCAUGGGCAGCUACCACGGCAAGUUCUCCUUUGAUACCUUCUCCCACCACCGUGCCUGCCUGCUGCGCCGCCCCGGGCUGGAGAAGAUCUACUCCAUCCGCUACCCACCCUACUCGCCUCGCAACCUGAGGCUGCUGCUGGUGGCCAUGGAGGCCCGAAGCUGCAGCUGCACCCUGCUCUGAGCCCAGCGCACGCCCGUGAGUCUGCCGGCCCUGCCGCCUGCAGCUAGUGCCGAUGUGGCCUGGGGCUCACGCACAAGGAGGAAAAGACCACAGCCCAGACCAGUGCCUGCCCUCCUCCCUCCUGGGGCUUCUCUCUGUGAGCCCUCAGCCUCCUCCCUCAGCUGCCCCCCCAAUUAGGACAGGGCAAGGUGAGCGAGCAUGGGAGGCAACGCGGUACCCCGCCCUCCUGCCCCCACACCAGCCACCCGAGUCCUGGCAGAGGCCGGCAGAUGUGGACACCUCUGAGCCACCCCCCUUCCCAUGGAGGAUGCAGAGGGGCCCUGGCAUCCGGUCCAGGUCACGCCAUAGACCUGCAGCGGCCUAGGCCCUGGGCAGAAAUCCCUGCGCUCCCUGAGCUUGUUUCCCUAUCUGUACAGUGGAGGUGGUCACAAUCAGCACCUCCAGGGAUCACUGCGACAAUUACAUUCUGCAGUUUAAUAAUAAAUAGGUUGUUGAUC